AUGAACACGAAUAAUGUCAAGCCUACAGCAUUAACCAGAGAACCAACACCGGUAACAACAGCAGCAGUAUCCACAACAGAAUAUGUUAUGAAAACAACAAAGAAACCUGAUGAGGGACCGUCAGGACUGGCGGGAGAUCACCAAGAAUACAUUUAUACAGGAGAUAAAAUAUACAUAGGAGGAGCACCGACAAAAGACACGGAACAGAAACAUACAGAUAAAGAUGAAAAUUACGAAAUAGACGUCAGAUUUAAGGAUUGA